UCAGGCAGCGGCGUUGCAGAUCUGGAGAAGCUGUGUGCCAUUUUGGAAGCGGUCCCCGCCCUCAAGUACAUCUGUCUGGAUGUGGCAAACGGCUACUCUGAGUACUUUGUGGAGUUUGUCAAGACAGUCAGGGAAAAGUUUCCCAAGCACACCAUCAUGGCCGGUAACGUGGUAACAGGGGAGAUGGUGGAGGAGCUCAUCCUCUCCGGUGCUGACAUCAUCAAAGUUGGCAUCGGCCCAGGGUCUGUGUGCACGACAAGGAUCAAGACAGGAGUGGGCUACCCACAACUCAGUGCCGUAAUAGAGUGUGCAGACUCAGCCCACGGACUCAAAGGACACAUUAUCUCUGUAAGUCUCACAUCAAGGCACAAACAAAUACGGACAGCCAGAGUUGCUGAAGUUAGUAUCAUGUAGAGUAUAUAUAUACUGUACAUAUUAAGUAUACUGCAUAUGGUAAUGCUAUCUUGUUGUGCUGUUGGAGAGGAGUUCAUCUCUCAGUUCCUC